UCUCUCUCUCUCUUUCUUUCUUUCCUUCUCCUUUCUUCUUUUUCCUUUUUCUCUUUUCCCCCUUCCUUUCCUCCUCCUUCCCUUUGAGACCCUCCUACUUCCACUGCCACCAGUAAUUCAGCCCAUACUGCCCACCUCACUUUGCCACUUCUCUUUUUACCCCAGUUAUCCACAAUCUAUCACCACAUUACCUGAGCCCAUCAAGCAAGAACCCGCCCUUCGAUCAGUCGUCCUCAAGUCAACAAAAAUGUCGGAAUCCGUUCUCGCCCAGAUCCUGGUCACUCUCGCGGACCUCAAGGACAGCCAGCAGCUCCUUUCUGAUAAGGUCGACAAGAUGCAGGUUGACGCCGUCCUGUCCAAGGAUGCCUUGUUGCACAAGGCCGUUCACUACGAUAACAGUACCGGACACUCGGACUCUGAUGGGGACACCGUUGCUUCUCCAACCUUCGAGGCCGAGCCCUCCGCUCCUGGUAGCGUCUACACCGAGAAGCCCGUCUUCACGACGUAUGCUGGACAGAAAGGAGUCAAACCCUCCAAGCUGAACUGGGGCGAAGCUGACCCCAAGGUUCGUGGCCCUAUUGUGGUCUCUCACCUGGCCAACCAAAUCAACAUCCGAAAUGCUGUUGGUGCCUAUGGCGGGCCCUACUCCAUUUACCGCUCUCUUGCUGUUGCCAUGGGUGACCUGCCUGCGGAUCACAAGCCCAACUAUGAAAACACACAACCGCCCAUCGUGAUCAAACAGCAGCCCCAAUGGUCGGACACAUCCAAGAUUGUGUCUAUGGAUCCCUUUGGCCAUCUUACAAGCGAGUUCUUCAAGGCCGAGAUCGAACAGGGUCUUGACAUCCGCCCCACGAUUUCCAUUACCCGUGCUCAUAUGAUCGUUCCAGAGCUGCAGGCCGAACUCCAGAGUGGAGCAAUGAAGGUGGAUGGCAAAGUCUUUGUGAACGAGCAAGGAGAGCUCAAUGUGCACAAAGCUGCUAUUGAUCCUGUCUGGUACCUUCCUGGAGUUGCAGCUCGUCUCAAUGUCGAGGAGAACCACUUGCGUCGGUCUCUUUUCGAGAACACUGGCGGCAUGUAUCCCGAAUUGGUCACAAGACCAGAUCUGAAGGUCUUCUUGCCGCCCAUCGGAGGCCUCACUGUCUACAUCUUUGGCGAUCACGAGUUGCUUUCUGACCCCAACACCCGAGUUACAGUGCGUGUUCAUGACGAAUGCAACGGCUCCGAUGUGUUUGGAUCUGAUAUCUGUACCUGCCGUCCUUACCUCAUCUUUGGCAUGAAGGAGGCAAUCAAGGAGGCCCAAAAUGGUGGUGUCGGUUUGAUCGUCUACUUCCGAAAGGAAGGACGUGCCUUGGGUGAGGUGACAAAGUAUCUCGUUUACAAUGCCCGUAAGAGAGAGGGGGACUCUGCCUCAAAGUACUUCCAGCGAACGCAGGAUGUCGCCGGUGUCAAGGAUAUGCGAUUCCAGGCAUUGAUGCCCGAUGUCUUCCACUGGCUCGGUGUCACGAAGAUUGACCGCUUCAUGUCCAUGUCAAACAUGAAGCACGAUGCACUUAUUGACGCUGGCAUCAAGAUUUUGGAGCGCGUUCCUAUCCCGGAUGAGCUGCUCCCUCCAGAUUCCAAGGUUGAGAUGGAGGCUAAGAUUGCAGCAGGGUACUUCACCACUGGGGCUAUCCCGCGUGACGAGGAUCUGUGCCGCACCGUUGGACGUGGCUGGGACGAAUUCAGUGCUUGAAAGAAUGUCGUUGGAAAAACGAAGAGUUGAGUGAUGAAUCGGCUAGUGUUGGUAGAGAAGGCAUAGAUAUAUAGUUGUACAAUACCUGAAGGCAGCUGACGGCAUUCAUUUGCGCUUGCUGCAUUGUUCUCAAGCCUGAAAAUACAUGUAAUAAAAUCGACGCCACCAGGGCUUCCAGAGUACCAGUCCAAGCUGGAGUUCAUGAACGAGGAUUGGCCAGG